AUGCGUCGCCACUUUAAACAGAACUGUGUCAUUGUAGGGGGUAUUGAUCAACAAUGGCAAAUGGAUUUGGCGGACAUGCAGUCCAUGCAGAAGUUUAACGAUGGUUAUCGUUAUUUACUUGUCUGCAUUGAUGUCUUUUCCAAGUAUGCAUGGGUAGUCCCGUUGAAAAACAAGACGGGUCCUACACUGGUCGAAGCUUUCAAGGUCAUUUUAACGUCCGGACGUAGACCCGAGAAAAUCAUGACAGAUCAGGGCACAGAGUUUUUGAAUAGACAUUUUCGGGCUUUAAUGAAAGAAGACAUCGAACUUUACAACACCUAUAAUGAGACCAAAGCUUCUAUUGUGGAGCGAUUGAUUCGUACGUUGAAAACGAAAAUGUGGCGCUACUUUACAGCGAAGAAAACGAUGAGAUAUAUUGACAUGUUACCUAAUCUAGUAUACUCUUACAAUCACAGUAUUCAUCGUAGUAUCAAAGUCAGACCCGUUGAUGUCACAGCAGAAAAUGAAAAGCAAGUGUGGCAUACUUUGUACGAUGGUCAUAGUGUCAGGAAGGCUCCGAAGUACAGGUUUAGGGUAGGUGAUCAAGUUAGAAUUAGUAAAAUGAAACAUACAUUUGAGAAAGGUUACUUGCCGAACUUUUCAAAGGAAAUUUUUACCGUAAGCAAGCAAAUUCCCCGCGAUCCGCCGGUGUAUAAGCUCAAAGAUUAUGAUGACGAAGAACUCAAAGGAACGUUUUACGAUAAAGAGUUGCAAAAGAUAAUCAAGCAGGACGACGUGUACAAGGUGGAAAAGAUCCUGAAGAAACGCGGACGGGGCAAUAGUGUGCAAUAUCUUGUAAAGUGGUUAGGGGGUACCCAAACAAAUUUAAUUCCUGGGUGCCGGCAUCUCAAAUAAAAAAGACUUAAAACCCUACAUAUGUGUUAUUCUUAUGUAUCACUCAUCAUGAGCGGACCGCAUUUUUACCUUACGCUUCCUAGCAAUGCAUCGCUUGAUGUUUUUCCCAACAAUAAAACAACUGGAUAUCGUGUAAAAUUACCACAGACCGUCAACCUAGAGGGUGAUUGGGAGGUCGGAAUGUAUUCCGUUUCUUACCCGCAUACCUGGUAUACCUUACGGAAUAUCAAUGCUGACACGCAUUUUUACUAUGACGAUGGUAGUGGUCUGUAUUCAACACUGGAACUGGAUUACGGUUUCUAUGGGUCCGUACAAGAGUUCAUUGUGGACAUCAAUAAGGUCCUGAAGAAGGAAAUCGGUGAUGACGGCAUAUACUUUACGUAUAGCACAAGAACAGGAAAAGUAACAUGUCACCUAAAGAAGCCUGGGUAUAAGGUCUUCGUAGGUCGAAGAAUAUCACUCAUCCUGGGAUACGCUGGAAAAGAAACAAUCAUUGAUGUGGCAAAAGGGGCAGCGCAGUCCCUACGUAACAGAUCUGUCCUUUUUCUCAUCAAUAUUCGCGUACUGCAACAUUGUGGAAGCACAAAUGGUCGGGAAUGUAAAUGCAAAGCUGAUCAAAACCAUUCCUGUUGA